AUGGAUGCAGAAGAAACCCGUUCUUCAACUUCCUCUCCAUCUCAAUCUCCGACUCAGAAUAUGAAAACAGAAAACCAACCAGCACCCCAAGACAAAGAAGAAGAAGAAGAAAAGAAAAGAAAUAGCAUCUCAGAAACACCACCCGCUAUCAAGUCUUAUUCACCUCCUCUGUUCCAGUCCCCAUCUCCACCAUCCGAUUCUCUAACAACACACUCAACCCAUCAAGCCUACCACACUCAUGAGUUCAGAGUCACACCUUCAGACACCAAGCCGGCAUCGCCACCGGCCGUGCCGGCCCAGUCUUUCAAGGUCGAGCCCAAGGUCGUGGAUCCCAAACCACAAGUUGGGUUUUCUGGGCUCGCAGAGGUUCAAGAAGAAAGUGGUGGUGCUACUGCUACUGGUACUAAUGGUGGUGGUGUAAAGAUGCGAAUUUUGAGAGCCAACUUAUCGAUAUUGAACAGGUCGAGGAGGGAGAACAUGGUGAGGAGGGCUUUGCUUGGAUUUAGGAUUUCUGGGUUUGUGUUCUGCUUGAUCUCUUUCUCGAUUAUGGCGGCUGACAAGAACCAGGGUUGGGCUUUAGAUUCCUACUAUCGGUACAAGGAAUUCAGGUACUGCUUGGCAGUGAAUGUGAUAGGAUUUGUGUAUUCAGGGCUGCAAACCUAUGACUUAACCUAUUUCUUCACCAGCGGAAAACAUGUAAUGCAGCUUCAUCUCCGCCAUUACUUUGAUUUCUUGAUGGAUCAGAUUUUGACAUACCUUUUGAUAUCGGCAUCUUCAUCCGCUGCAAUUCGGGCUGACGACUGGGAGUCGAAUUGGGGCAAAGACAAGUUCCCAGAUAUGGCUCGUGCGGCUGUAGCAUUGUCCUUCCUUGCCUUUCUUGCCUUUGCCUCCAGCUCCCUCAUCUCUGUAACUCCUAACAGAUACCUGCAUAAUAGGAAAGAGAGAGGAUCACAGUUAACCCAAUCUAUCCUGGCAAUGUUGGAUCCAAAAAGAAAAAUGGAGUGGCCAAUGGGCUUGGUUCUGCAAGACUCGCAGAAUGGAACAUAUGGGCAUGUGUAUAUAUGGACAAUGAGAGAGAUGAUAUAUGCUGACAAUUGGGCUGGAUAUUAA